GGUCACUCUCGACUCAAUUUCGGCAAAACAAAACACAUUUUUUACUGAAAACUCAGAUUUAAUUAUAAAAUAUAGACUAAUAAUGUCGGAAACUAGCUCCAAGGAUAAUGUAAAGACGGCAAUGACGUAUAUUUGCGGUGAAUGCCAUCACGAAAACGAGAUGCGACCAAGGGAUCCAAUUCGUUGCCGCGAGUGCGGAUAUCGUAUUAUGUACAAAAAACGCACCAAGCGUCUUGUUGUCUUUGAUGCCCGAUGAAAAAUAGGAAGCAACGGACAGUUUAUAUUUUUAAGGAAUUAGUGUGUAGCUAAACAAAGCUUGUGCUUCAAUAAAAGUCCUCUACAACCCAA